AAUCCAUCAUUCAGGGGAAGGACGUCACUGUUUAAAGAAGAACUAGUGGAAGGCAACGCUAGUUUAAAGCUGACCAGAGUGGAACUCUCUGAUGCUGGAAACUACACCUGUUACAUUCCACUGUUGGACCACCAGAAAACCACCAUUCAACUCAUUGUUGGUGAGUCAACACACCUGCCGACCACCCAAUCCCCCUUAAGAGACAGAUCACAUGAAAUCAAGGGUGAGUUCAAUGUCAAGUCCAUUGCCUGAUGAGUAUUAGUUAGAUAGAUUGGUUAGCCUACAUACUAACCUUAAUAGUGUGAUAACCCCAGCUAAUUCAAUGUACAAUGCUGUGAGUCAUUGGAAGUUACUUUUUGAAUUUAAAGGUCCAUAAGUAUCAGCAAACCCUUGUUAUAUUUAAGCAAUAAGUCACGAGGGGGUGUGUCAUAUGUCCAAUAUACCACGGCUAAGGUCUGUUCUUAUGCACGACGCAACCUGGAUAUAGCCAUUAGCCGUGGGAUAUUGACCACAUACCACAAACCCUGAGUUGCCUUAUUGCUAUUAUAAACUGGUUACCAACGUAAUUAUUUUAUUGUCAUACCCGUGGUAUAACAUUAUAAACAAGGUGGUUUGAGCCCUGAAUGCUGAUUGGCUGAGAGCCGUGGUAUAUCUCUGUAUCUCUAUAGGUGCAGCGUCUCGACCAGUUAUCAAGGUGGUUUGAGCCCUGAAUGCUGAUUGGCUGAGAGCCGUGGUAUAUCUCUGUAUCUCUAUAGGUGCAGCGUCUCGACCAGUUAUCACCAUUGAAGGAAUCAAAGGUGAUGAGGUGGUCCUGCGCUGUGAGGCUGAAGGCUGCUACCCAGAGCCUGUCAUGGAGUGGUGUGACGUUCAUGGACGUGUCCUCCCUGCUGCUGGACCUCCAGAGACAUCCAGAGACCGUGAAGGCUGCUACACUGUGACAAGCCAUGUCAUCGUCCCGAAAACGGACAACAACACGUUCACCUGUCGGGUUCAACAGCCGGAGAUCAAACACAUGAAGGAGAGACGGGUUCAUAUUCCAGGUGAGGGUCUGUUUUGGAUAUUUGAAAGAAGGCACUAUCGGUAAAAAAUGUCCUGUUGUUUAAGUCAUUUCAUGUGUAAUACGCAUUAGGUAUUGUAAUAAUUCUACAUCCUGUGUUUCAGAUCAAAUGUUUCCUACGCAGUGCCAGUCCUUGUGGCUGACAGGUCUUGUUGCAGCUGGAGUCACAGCUCUUGUUGGAGUUGGAGGUCUCUACCUGUUGAUAAGAAAAGGGAUAUUGACCAUCAGCAUGGAGAAA